UCAUCUAUUCAUUUUUUUUGUGCACAGUUCAGUUUUUCCAGAUUUCGAUUCCUUCCGUGCACUGUUAAUCGAAUGCCAUGUUGUGAUUUGCUUGAUCAGAUAAUUUAUUUAAACUCGAAACAAAUUUCGAAGCAGAAGAAAAGAAAGGAAGGAAGAAAGAAAGAAAUGCCGUCUCUCCAAACAGCGUUGCCCCCUGAGCUUGCUAACAAUGUGAUCAGACUUUACCGGGAGUGUCUUCGAAGAGCUAAAUACAUAGGGCAUAAGCAACAUAAUACAGCUUUGGUUGUUGAUAUGGUAAGGCAGCAGUUCAAAAAGCAUAUGCAUGAGACAGAUCCAGAGAAGAUUCAGAAGUUGAAGGAUGAUGCUGCAAGGGGACUUAUAAACCACAUACUCUAUGAGUCUGAGCAGAUGUCUGGACGUAAAUUUAGCAAGAGCUCUUGAUAGUGUUGGAGUUUUUAUUUGAGAUGUUGGUGUAUAAGACAAAGUUAUGACUGCUAAACCAAGUAAUAAAGAGGCUUGGGUUUUGGGAUUCCUAAUUAUUUUCCCGGUGUAGAAGCAUUAUGAUCAGUGAACCGUGCAUGAGUUUUUUACUUAAUAAUUGAAGUUUGUAUGAUGCAUGAUGCUAAGGUAGUUGCAA